AUGCGCCACGCCGAAUUUCGAGCUGUGUUUGAGCAGUUCCCUUGGUCGCGUAUGGAGUCGGACGGAACCUUUGCUCUCGAUCUCUACAAAGCCCGGCAGUCACUGCUCGGAAGCGACCUGUCGUUUGGUUAUUGGCGUGUCUCAGGCGGUCCAAAUGUCCAUGACAUAGGUUUCUCCGGAAUGCGACAGCUCUUUGACGCACCUCCUGAACUUCAGCAAUUCCUCCUCACCGGAAAGCCCACGAAACACUACCCACCCAAACUCCAACCUGGUGAAAAGGCGUACAUACAUGGAGGGAUGAUGCUGGAGGAUUCGUGGCCUACCGAUGUCGAAGCUUGGAAUUUGAAGGACGAGACCUGGGUUCCGAGGUUGUUCUUCGGUAGCAGCGGUGCGGCAAACGAUGAUCCGCCUCUGAGACCGGAGCCUGGGCAGGUGAAGGAUUGGAAGAGUUGGUAUGAGUGGAGAGGUCUGAGCCUGGAGUCGCCGGCGGCGUUGUUGAUGGAUGCGCCGCUUUCGACGUAUCAUAUGUUGGUAAAUAUCCUCAAAGUUGCGGACGCGAGCGGUGCGAAGCAACAGACUUUGAUCGUUCAUUAUCUCGGAGUGGAGACCGAGCUGAACUUCCUACCACUGUUCUCAGAGCUGGCGCUUCUCCUUCCUGAGAUACACAUAGAAUUCACGGUCUUCGGAAAACCAGCGUACGACCUCGUCAAAACUGCGCGUAUAUCGCAUCCGUCGUCCCUCGCUACGAAAGACGUUGUAUGGUCAUAUACCGCACCGAAGCGCACGGGCGGGGGAUCCAUCAACAUAAGGCUAUACUCCAGUGAGGAAUAUUGGACUCGGACUGUUCUGGGAGUGGAAAGAGGACCUAUCAAGAUUCCAGAUGCGAUAAUUGCUACCAACGCGGAUCUUACGACCCACGAAUCCUGGCCCGAAGCUCAGUGUUCCGCCGCUGGAUUUAACAUCCCCUUCGCCGCUACCGAGUAUGCUGAACAGUCCUUGGUCUUGGCCAGCGAGACUAUUCCGCAAGGUUUUAGGCAGACUCUGCUAACGCAGGGCCAGUACAUGUCGCCGGAGUUCAGGCACAAUUUGUUCAAGCAGGGACAGAGAUCGUACUCUGUGACGACCAAUCCUUUUCAUCGCCCCGGCGCUAGAUCUGGAGUCUCUGCAUGGACCAUGCCCAAUUAUUAUAACGGUUUCGUUCUCCCCGUCGUUUCGAAAGUCUAG